CACUUACGUACACACUACACGCAUCUGUGCACAGUACCACAGCCUUAGCAAGAUCUCUGACGUUGAUAACUAAUCAAAUGUUAAUUUAAUAUUGAAGUGAUACUGACCUGACAUUUUCUUGGACUUUGGAAUUUUUUAUUGCUUUCUAAUUUUGUGCACAAUGUUGUCUAGUUCCCGAAAGAUUUUAAGCAAUGGAAUUAUAAAACGUUUCAAGAGCACACUGGUUUUGGCAGAACACAAUAAUGAAACACUUAAUCCCAUAACAUUAAAUACAAUCACUGCAGCUAAAAAAAUUGGUGGCGAUGUUACAGUCCUAGUUUGUGGGACUAAUUGUGAAAACGUAUCUAAAGCUGUAUCACAAGUUGGCAUAUCUAAAAUUUUAGUUGCUGAGAGCCCCGCUUUGAAAGGAUUUACUGCGGAAUCAGUUUGUCCUGUGAUUUUAGCGGCGCAAAACCAGUUUAAGUUUUCACACAUUUUAGCUGGCGCCACGGCCAUAGGAAAAAAUGUUCUUCCAAGGGUUGCUGCAAAGCUAGAUGUAUCUCCUAUCUCUGAAAUAAUUGACAUUAAAUCUGAAGACACAUUUGUUCGUACUAUUUAUGCUGGAAACGCUAUUCUAACAUUAAAGUCAACGGAUCCCGUCAAAGUUAUAACGGUACGAGGAACUAGUUUUGAAGCAUGUAAGGAUAGCGGAAAUCCAUCAUCAGAGAAAUUAUCUGUUGAUAUAAAAAAUGACUUAUCCGAAUUUAUAUCACAAGAACUGAGUAAAAGUGAUCGCCCAGAAUUGGCGUCUGCUAAGGUCGUAGUUUCUGGUGGCCGUGGUCUGAAAUCUGGAGAAAAUUUUAAAAUUUUAUAUGAGUUAGCUGAUAAAUUAAAUGCGGCGGUAGGUGCCUCCAGAGCAGCUGUUGAUGCUGGAUAUGUACCAAACGACAUGCAAAUUGGUCAAACAGGAAAAAUUGUUGCACCCGAAUUAUACAUCGCAGUUGGAAUUUCAGGAGCUAUUCAACAUCUUGCCGGAAUGAAAGAUUCGAAAACAAUAGUUGCCAUAAAUAAAGAUCCCGAAGCACCUAUUUUCCAAGUUGCAGAUUUAGGAUUAGUAGCUGAUUUAUUUAAAGCUGUCCCAGAAAUUAAUCAAAAAUUGUAGCUUCUUUUUAAUAUUUGAAUUAAUCUUUGUAAAUUGUAUAGGAAUGUCGAAAUAAGAAAUCAGUAAAUCAAUUUUGUAAACAGAACUCAAUUUUAUAUCAAGCUGUAUAUCCAGUUUAUUAAAAUUUUUUAUUACAGAACAGAAAA